UUUAUCAUUACAUAAUAGCACUAAGUCACGCUCCCUUCCUUCACUCGAUCAUGGCCUCUCCGAACCAGGCUGAGGCCUUGAACAACACAGAAGCUUUACAGACCCUGCUUCAAUCUUUUGGCCCAGAUGCUGCGCAAAACGUCUCCCAGGAAGCCUUACAACGGCUUUCCGAUAAACUAUCUGAGCUGAUGGGAGCAGAUGUUGUCAGAGAUGCUUUCGCCUACAAUGAUCAAGACGGACAACCAGUCCCUACUGGUAGCGAGACGCUCCUUAACGAAGAAGGACUUCCAAUAAUUGAUAUCACUGAGCCCGAAGUUGCUCAUGUUCGGUCCCAAAUCCAGCCUAGCUCUAGCUCAAGCGAUCCCAGUGAUUCACCCAUUACCACGGAAGCUCCUCCAUUGAUCGAUCUGUCAACCCUCUCGCCUGCCGAGCGUGACCUUCGAAAACGAGAACGAGAACGGAUACUUGAUUUACUUGAAGCAGAGGAGGUGUUAGAACAACGCAGCGAGCGAGAGAAAGAGGCGCAGGAGCGCAGAGAAGCGCUUGAUAGAAAACGCGAUGAUGGAAAGACUGAGAGGCAGAGGUUGCUUGAAUUGAAAGAAACUCAUCAAAAGAUGGGCAAGGCCUUGUUACGCAGCGUAAUAUCCAAGGAUGAUGACACGAAGAAAGCAGAAAUUCAGCCCUCAUCCUUUUCUCCUGCUUCGUCUUCUGCGGUCAAGGAGACAGCAGCCACUCCGAACAUCAAGAAAAAAAGUGUUAGCUUUGCCUCCGAAGACCCCACAAAAGUCGAACCCUCUGAGCCUAGCUCUAAAACCUCCACAGAUAUUGCAGAUUGGGGAGACGUUUCCAAAGGCCGCUUGCGUCCGAAUCCCAAACCUCUUGUUGCUGAUGUUUAUACUCGGCAAAGUGAGCAGCUCAUGAAGCUCCAAGUCGUCGAAAGGGCACCGGGCGAUCAUAGCACCUCUUUUCAAAGCCAUCCACUCGCCGAAAAUAAGCAACCUUCCACCUCGAAAAUCCAGAUCCUCGAUUCAUCUGCUGGCGAUUCUGACGACGAAUCAGACAUGGACUCUAAUACUCUUUCGGACGAUGACAAUGUCCCCCAGAAUUCCGAUACAGAACAUUCAGACGCUGAGUCGGGCAGUUUGGAUCUAGAUGAGGAAACCGAUUGGGACUUUGCUCAACACCAGCGCGAGAUCGCCCUGGAAUAUCAUCAGAAACGAGGAAAAAUCGGAAAAGAGACGGCAGCCGCAUUGACUUCACACACUCAUGAACCGUAUGAAGAUCCUUCAUUCCCAGAGCUUGCCUCGAAUAAACCCAAGUCGUCCUCGUCCAUGUCUCAAUUUCGAGCGAAUCGCCUUGCUUCUUCGUACGCCGUUGCAAACACAGACGCGACGUCUUCCGUUCCCUCACCUCUCGGCUCUUCUACUCUGCCUACUCUACUCCCCGCCGGUGCUGCACAGACUCUGCAGCAUGCUGUACGUCUAGGCAAGCUAGAUGAACAGAAACGUCUGGUCGGAGGAGACGCCGGAGACAGCGGGAGUGAGCCAGACGAUGAAGUUGCGAGGGAGAUUCUCGAACUUCUUCAAAAAGGCGAAGUAUACAAUCUAGGUCCGAAUGGUGAAGACAUCUACGUUGUCCCUCCGAAUACUAUUACCAGUGGUAGUGGGGACUCAACGAAACAGUCAACUAGAGCACAACCUUCACGAUCUGACCCACUUCCUCCUUUCACUCCGCCGAUCGAACCUUUGCCACAGAAACCCAAAACUUCCAGAUUCAAACUCGCAAAAACUCAAAGUGAUCGUCUGCCCAGUCCAAGUACGUCUGUGGAUUUGUCGGGUUCCAGUACUCCUGUAUCGAACGCUCGUCGGUCCUCUCCAAAGUUGGCUAUGGAAUCAUCCGUAGUCGAACGUGCUGUUCCUCAACUUAGUACUUCGAAACGAUCUGAAUCUCCGAGCGCUGAUUAUACGAAUGUUCCCAAACCUCCGAUAUUCAAUUCCAUGGUCAUUGAAUCACCUUCUUUUCCUCGCAGUGCAGAAUCUCAAAGGAGACCAGAGCGACCACCAACGAUAAUGUCUUCGCAUGUCGUAGAAUCGUCCUCACGGCGAAAUGACAAUCCAACGAUGGAUGAAGUUCCAAAGCGAGUUUCGCGAUUCAGGGCAGAGAGAAUGUAGUUCAUUUAGGUAGGUUGCCAAUGCCCUUUCGUGCUCACAUUGGAUACUCUUCCCCAAUCUGGACAAAUGUGUGGAAGAGGGUGGCUGAUACCUUCUAUGAACACGCACCACUGGAAAUCAAACACACAAGCCUAUCGGCGUUCUUGCGUGAAAUAUCACUCGCCAGGUGUUUCGGAAAUCAUCCUUUUGAUUCUUGACAGCGUUGGAAAUUGUAAUGUGGU